CCUCGGCUAUUAAAUUAUCAUUAUGGAGUACAGCAAGAGGCAAAGAGGGAUCCCAAUAGUUUCUUGAGGGCAUAUGGCAAUAAAGUGGUGAGAACCUGACGAUGGGUGACUGGAACCUACUGGGAAGCAUCCUGGAAGAGGUCCACAUUCACUCAACCAUCGUGGGCAAGAUCUGGCUUACCAUUCUCUUCAUUUUCCGCAUGCUGAUCCUGGGGGCAGCUGCUGAGGAUGUAUGGGAUGACGAGCAGUCUGAAUUUGUCUGCAACACUGACCAGCCAGGUUGCAAGGCUGUCUGCUACGAUCGUGCCUUCCCAAUCUCGCUCAUUCGUUUCUGGGUCUUGCAGGUAAUCUUCGUCUCCGCACCCUCACUGGUCUACAUGGGCCAUGCGCUCUACUGCAUCCGAGCACUGGAGAAGGACCGGCAUAGGAAACGAAUACAGCUAAAAGAAGAGAUGGAUGAGGCAGAGUUGCCAUUGGAUGAACAUAAACGACUCGAGAGGGAGCUGAGGAAGCUGGAUGAACAGCGCAAGGUAAAAAAGGCCCCUCUUCGAGGCUCCCUCUUGAGAACCUACAUCAUUCAUAUCCUUACACGUUCUGUGGUGGAGGUGUUCUUCAUCCUCGGACAAUACAUUCUAUACGGAGUCCAACUUGACCCGCUGUAUAAAUGUGAGCGGAUGCCUUGCCCCAAUAGUGUAGAUUGUUACAUCUCUCGGCCCACAGAGAAGACCAUAUUCAUGGUUUUCAUGAUAGUCAUAGCUGGUGUCUCGCUUUUCCUCAACAUUCUUGAAAUAUCGCACUUGGGCAUCAGAAAAAUCAAAAAGGCGCUCUCGGGAGAGAGAUACAUGGAAGAUGACAGUGUCAUUUUGAAGUCCAAGAGGAAGGCAUCAGUGUCACAUCAUUGCAUGAUGAGCCAUAUGUCACCUUAUAAUGGACCUUUGACUCAGACCUUUAAAGUCAUACCAGAAGAUGUCAAGCCUCCUCAAUACAUAGGGCUCAAAACAAGCCAUGAGGCUCGAAGGAACAAUAGUACAGCUUAUCUGGGGCACAUUCAAACAAACUACAUCUGCCCCCAACCUAACCUACCACACCAAAAAGCUCAGAACUAUGUCAUUUCCCAAACUCAUCAAGGUCCAGAGGUACUCGCAACAGUAGUGGACAACCAUCUUGGUUUGGAAUCAGAGGCGGUCAAAGCAGAGGAAAGUGCAUCGAGCCCUCACGAUGACACCCAUCAGAGAGAACAUAUGGAUGCCAGCCAUUUAGAAGUUCUUCUGUGCGAUAGUGCUAGACGGAUGUCUUCUAAUAACAACCUAGAUGAUGAUCUCAGGGACUCAGUGGAGAGUGAGGUCCUCAUACCAAAGUCUAGAAAAACUAGCUUCAUGUUCAGACCGCCGUCUGAAAGCUUGUCAUCAGUCAGUCGUUCUACAAGCUCUUCCUUACAUUCCUCUGAAGAAUCAGAUGAACUGGGCUCUCUGCAGGGGGACAUGAUGCCGCCUGCCGCAGGCCGAAGGAUGUCAAUGAGUGUGUUUCUGGAUAUUUCAUCUAUCAUGAAGAAGUAAAGAGACGGGAUGAACAUCACGACCAAAGAAUCAGCAAUGUAUAAACUGAGUAUCAAAGACUCGUCACUCAUCGUCGCGACUCAAGUCUCAAACUUGACAACUGUCAGUAAAGUUGGGGCUGCAGAUCUGUUACUUUAGAUAAGAAGCACCUUAAACUGCUUACAUGUGGGCUUGAUUGUGAUUUUCUUCUGGGGAGUCUUUUCUGUGUCUUAAAUAUUGUGGAUUAUGAAGCAUAAUCCUAAAAGUAUGUCCGAUUGCUUCUGUAACAUGAACUUUUUUUCUACUGUACAUGAGACUUUUUAACCCCUUUGUAAUUCUGUGUAACCAUUUACAUAGAUAUUUUAUGAUAAGUUAUUAAAAGAAAGGAUUCUUAAUGGCUUCUCAAAUGGCAAAUACAUUGGAACAAGAAAUCAAACACACACGACAUCAUAAUUAUCAUGCUUUUUUUCUUUUAUUUCUCAACAGAAAAAUUGCCUUGACAAAAAGUUGGUUCAUCUUUAAAACAUAUUUUCAUAUCAAAGAAAUGUGACAUGUUGCACAUUUACAAAAAAUAUCUAAACUAAACGUGUCAUUUCAACAUUCAGAGGUACAAAGCAAAUCAAUAAUGCUGAAUCUGCAUAUAACAGUCAUGUUGUAGGUAGGCCUACUAAAAGAAAAAAAAGGACAUGUAAAAAUGUACCACCAAAAUCUACAAAUACAAUAAUGUUAGAACUGUAAAAAGUUAGAAACAACGCCACAGAAACUACAUGUCUAUCAUACAGUCCUUACCCACAAAAAGAGGUAUGCUGAAUUAUCCAGGUAGAUACGUUUUAAGUCAGUUCAACUGAGGUUUUCAGAAAAUCUCCAAAGCCACAAUCCGAGAUAUAAGCAAAGCUGUUUACAGCUGGAAUGGCCCCAGAUUAAUGCCUAUUGUAAACACAUUAGUUUAAUAAGUACUUAAUUUUCUACUCCACCCUGGUUUUUCAUCCCCAAGACAAAGGCAUAGGACAUAGCAAACAUUUAAAAAAUGUCAAAAUUAUUGUGAGGGAUCCAUUCAGACCUUUUGGGAACUUCAACAUCCUGUGUUAAAAAGUACAAUGAUGUAAUCACAAUAAAAUGUGUUCUGUAUGAAACUAAUAUUGAUAUGGCACACCACCGUAAAUUAACAAACAUAUUUGAGAAUAAUUACACAUAUUCUUCGAAAAAUUAAACA